GCCAUCUACACUAUAUUUGGUUCAUUUGAACUCGGGGGAAUACUUUUAAGAGAGUAACAUUUGUUACUCUUCAGGGGAAGUGUGUCGACGCGGAAUAGAAGGGGAACUCUUGACUUUAUGAUGUUCUCCGACCGAACUACUUAUUAACUUAAUCUCCUCGCUAUAGUUCGGCGGGAUACUAUAAGGUCGUCAGAGGUCCGCUAAAAUGGCCGACCACGACCCGCUGGAACAUGAAGGACCCAAGAAAGAAUUCGUGCGUAGCGUCGGCUUAACUUCGAAAGAGGCCGAGGAGUUGCUAAGGGUACAUGGUCGCAAUGAGCUUGAGGAAAAGACUACGCCUAGUUGGCUCGUCUUCCUUAAGCAGCUCAUCCAACCGAUGCCUAUCAUGAUUUGGAUUGCCGCUAUCAUCGAGGCUGCUAUUCAAAACUGGCCAGACUUCGGCAUCCUGCUUGGUAUCCAGUUCAUCAACGCCUUCCUAGGCUGGUACGAGACCCAAAAGGCCGGUAACGCCGUGGCAGCGCUCAAGGCAUCUCUCAAGCCGCAGGCCACCGUCAAGCGUGAUGGGAAGUGGGUCACCUUGGACGCCGCCUUCGUCGUGCCUGGCGACUUGGUGCUGGUAGCCAGCGGCUCCAGCGUGCCCGCUGACUGCCUCAUCAACCACGGAACCGUGGAUGUGGACCAGUCGGCGCUGACGGGCGAGUCGCUGCCCGUGUCCAUGCGUGAGGGCGACAGCUGCAAGAUGGGCUCCACGGUGGUGCGCGGCGAGACGGAGGCCACGGUGGAGUUCACUGGCAAGAACACCUUCUUCGGCAAGACCGCGUCGCUGCUGCAAGCUGGCGGCGACGAGCUAGGGCACCUUCAGAAGAUUCUGCUCACCAUCAUGUUUGUGCUGGUGGUCACGUCCUUUGUGCUGUGCGGCACCGCCUUCGGUUUCCUGCUGGGCAAGGGCGAGCCGUUCAAGGAGGCGCUGAGCUUCACUGUCGUGCUGCUGGUUGCUUCCAUCCCUAUCGCUAUUGAGAUCGUGUGCACGACCACUCUGGCUCUUGGCUCGCGUGAGCUGAGCGCGCACGGCGCUAUCGUGACUCGUCUGGCUGCCAUUGAGGACAUGGCUGGCAUGAACAUGCUCUGCUCGGACAAGACCGGUACCCUGACGCUCAACAAGAUGGUUAUCCAGGACGAGACCCCCGUCUACCUGCCGGACCUGGACCAGGUGAAGCUGCUGCAGCUGGCCGCCCUGGCCGCCAAGUGGCACGAGCCGCCCCGCGACGCCCUCGACACGCUGGUGCUGAGCAGCCCCCAGCAGAACCUCGCCGCGCUGGACGUGUACGAGCAGGUGGACUACAUGCCCUUUGACCCCACCGUGAAGCGUACGGAGGGCACCAUCCGCGACAAGCGCGACGGCAGCACCUUCAAGGUCAGCAAGGGCGCGCCCCACAUCAUCCUCAAGCUCAUCAAGGACCCCCACAUGUGCGAGAUCGUUGAGCACUCUGUCGCUGGCUUCGGCCAGCGCGGCGUCCGCUGCCUUGCCGUCGCCAGGACCCUGCAGGACGGUGAGUGGCACAUGGCCGGUCUGCUGACCUUCCUGGACCCUCCGCGCCCGGACACCAAGGACACGAUUCACAAGGCCAUGGCCUUUGGCGUGGAUGUGAAGAUGAUCACCGGUGACAACAUCCUGAUUGCCAAGGAGACGGCGCGCGUGCUGGGCAUGGGAGUCAACAUCCACGACCCUAAGAGCCUGCCCAACAUGGAGGGUGAUGGCAAGGCGCCCAAGGACCUGGGCAAGAAGUACGGCAAGCUCAUCAUGGAGGCGGACGGCUUUGCUCAGGUCUUCCCCGAGCACAAGUACCUGAUUGUUGAGGCUCUGCGCCAGAACGGUUUCGCAGUGGGCAUGACCGGCGACGGUGUCAACGACGCCCCCGCGCUGAAGCGCGCCGAUGUGGGUGUGGCGGUGCAGGGCUCCACCGACGCCGCGCGUGCUGCCGCCGAUAUCGUGCUGACGCAGCCGGGUCUGAGCGCCAUUGUGCAUGGCAUUGUGACGGCCCGUUGCAUCUUCCAGCGCAUGAAGAACUUCAUCAACUACCGUAUCUCAGCCACGCUGCAGCUGCUCACCUUCUUCUUCAUCGCCGUGCUGACCUUGAAGCCCAAGGAGUACGCUCCGGCGAAGAUUCCCUGCGCCGAGAACCCUGAGGAGCUCUGCUCGCCGGACAACACUGAGUGGCCGGACUUCUUCAAGAUGCCGGUGCUGAUGCUCAUGCUUAUCACGCUGCUGAACGACGGCACGCUCAUUUCCAUCGGCUACGACAAUGUGAAGCCCUCGACCAUGCCCGAGAAGUGGAACCUCAAGGUCCUGUUCGCCGUGUCCAUUGUGCUGGGCGGCGUUGCAUGCGGCUCGAGUAUCCUGCUCCUCUGGGCGGCGCUUGACAGCUGGAACCCGGAUGGCAUCUUCCAGAAGUGGGGCAUGGGUUCCAUGCCGUACGGCAAGAUCACCACCAUGAUCUACCUCAAGGUGUCCGUCUCCGAUUUCCUCACGCUCUUCUCUGCUCGUACCCACGACGGGUGGUUCUGGUCGGCUCGUCCGAGCCCUAUCCUGCUCAUUGCUGGUAUCCUGGCGCUGUCCAUCUCCACGGUCCUGGCGUGCGUGUGGCCCACGGGUCACACCGACAACACACCCUGCGAGGGUCUGGCGUACGGCGAUUACACGCUCAUGCCUCUUUGGAUCUGGAUCUACUGCAUCUUCUGGUGGUUCGUGCAAGACGGAAUGAAGGUCGGCGCUUACUGGAUCAUGCACCGCUUCAACCUGUUCGACAUCAACACCGCGGCCGUUGUCAACAAGCGUGACGCCACGAACGUGAGCAGCCCGCUGGCGCGCGGUAGCGUUGGCCUGGUGGAGGGCAAGCUUCUUGCAGCCAAGGUCGAGGAGGCGCAGCACAAGCUGAACCAUGCCGCUAAGGCUGACGAGGGCCUUGGCCGUGCCUCCAUGAACCUGGCUCGCGCCUCCGCCAACCUCACCCGCAUGUCCGCUACCCUGAAGCAGUCUCGUGUGCAGGCGCACCACGGUUCCAAGCCCAGCUCAGUCAAGGGCGACGUCGAGGAGAACGUGGCUUCCGUGGACCAGGUGGUGGAUGCUCUGGGUGCCGUUGCGAUGAGCCUCACGCCCAAGGUGCGGGACGACGUCAACCCGGCGCUGGAGUCGGUGCGUGAGGCGGCUGAGAGGCUGGCCGUGAACACCACACAGGCGCUCACAGGCGCCAGCACGUCCGCCGCUCAGGCCAUGACCAGCAGCCGACGGGUGUGAGUCUAGCUCGAGUGAAACAGUGUGUAUGUGGGUGUGGGUGUGGGUAUUGUGGUCUGGAUAUGAACGCGAUCUGGGUUUGGGUCCUCUAUUCUCGGAUGCGGCAUGCAUGGUGUGUGAUCCAUGCCGCGAUAGUCGCGUGCAUGUGUGCUUGUACUUCGGCGCCAGUACUGAAUAAAUGCUGACCUUCGCAUCGUGGUACAGCAUAGCCAUGGCAUGCCCCCCGCGUCUUGAAGCUGGUAGCCACUUCACCAGCGGGUAAUCUGCCAUCGAAGGCAAUAUUCAGGGAUCGGAUGGUAUGGUAGCAUGACAUGGUGUAUUGGUACUGUGCGGCCAGUCUGGGGUGGCAUAUGGACUGUUGUGCUCUUGUGUAUGUGCGACAAAGCUAUGGCAUGUGUUGCCGUGCAGCUUAAUGCGUAGGUGAUCGAGCGGCUACAGGUGUAGCACGACGUGACCAAAUGAGGAAAGAAAGAGUGUGCGACGAAGUGUGUUUUCUAGAUCAGUUCAGCACUUCCAUCGUAUCUUGUUGGUGAUGUUGAUGCCCGCGUCACAGUAUCGCCUACGUUGCGCUAUGGGUUGAAGGUUGUGCCUCGCUAUCCUGUUUUGCCACAGACUGAUGGCUUUAUUGUAGUUGUUGCAUAAGAAAAGUUAUCCUUACGAACAGUGCUAGUCGUUCUGCAAUCCCAGGGCCGAUAAGCUCGUACUGGCCACUUGGUUCAGUUCGUUGUCGAAGGUUGCCCGUGAGGGCAUUCAUGUCCUUGUCCUUGUCCCGUGCCCUGGCAACUUUCCUAACAACGUUGCCAGGUGCCGCUGCCGCCCUUCUGUAAUAGUCGAUGCCUGCUCUACAUGACAAUUUAAUCGCAAUAGAAUAGCAAGUAAACUUAGUUGCAUGUUUCGUACCAUGAGUCAUUUGUCUCGAGCUACCUCGUAACCCUGCAUCCCAGGCGC